ACGGAAGCGGAGCGGCUGCCUGCGUGGUUCCGUGCGGAAGCGCUGUAUUCUACCAUCGAUCACUACUUCCAUCAUCGCCAUUGGUCCGCUCUCGAGAUCUUCUUGUCUUUCAUCUCAUCCUCUUUGUUCCACAGAAGGCUGUCUACCUCCUGCUGAGCCUCUCUCUCUCUCACCUUGAGCCAUGGCUCCGCCGUCGGCGCCUCCACCCUCCCUCUUCCCCUCAUCGACGGUACAACAUGUCGCAUCCACCUCCCUCUCCCUUCCCCCGCUACGAGAGAAUGUAGCCACCUCCCUCGCCUCCGACACUGAGCAUCGCCUCCGCCUCAUCCUUCAAGAUGCUGAAAAGUUCAUGCGACACUCCCGUCGUUCCAAGCUCACCUGCGAAGACGUCAAGCGCGCCCUAGAGGUAAAGGGCAUGGAACCAAUCUAUGGCUUCCUCCCUGCUCCCUAUACCAAUUCGUCCACGGCGCAGGGGAAGAUGAAGCAGCCUCAAUUCAGAAAGGUCAUGACGUCGUCCGGAGUGGUAUACCAAGUCGAGGAAGAGGAGAUUGAUCUGGAACAGGUAGCGAAGUUGAUCUCGUCGAGGAACAGCUCGGCCGCGACUCGGAGAAAGGGAGGAGUAGGGUGGAAGGCUCACUGGCUUGCUAUCGAAGGAGUACAGCCGCUCAUACCUGAGAACCCAACACCGGCAGAGAUGAGCAGUAUAGAUGAGAGUGAGAGAGGCACGGGCGCUGCCGAGCCAACCUUUGCAGGUGCAAACACCUCCGGGGUUAUCGCUACCGCGUCUGCUGCUGGCGCUGCCUCUGCCGCGCCGAGUGGAUCCAGCGACACUAUCAAUGCUACUACGCAGCCCUUGGUCAAGCAUAUCCUCAGUAGGGAACUGCAAGUUUACUACCGUCGUCUUACAGAAGCCAUCCUGCAUGGUAUCAAUUCGCUCAAGAAUGGCAGUGCGACCGAUGCGCAACACGAUGUCUCCAUGGCAGACGACCUGCCAGACGAGCAGCAACAAGUGGACCCAACAUCUCUGGCAGCUCUCGCCUCGCUCUCUUCUGAUCCUGGUCUGCAUCAGCUGGUGCCAUAUCUUGCACAGUGGAUCUCGACGAACAUUACCGCUGCCCUCUCCCUCUCCUCCACCCCCGGCCCAUCUGCGUCAAAGCGCAGCCUCGUCGUGGGCCGAAUGGUCUCCUCCAUCGAGGCCAUGCUCGCCAAUCCCUACCUGGGCAUCGAAGGCUAUAUCCACCUCUUCCUCCCACCGCUCCUCUCCACCAUCCUCAUCUCUCUCCCCUCGAGCGAGUACCCGACAUCGACCAGGAGAAAGAGCUCCGAGCUGCUGGCGAGCCUGCUGGGCAAGUACUCCGGAAGCUACCCGAGCCUUAAGCCUCGCGUGACGCGCAUCUUGCUCGAGGCCGCUUUCCGAGGGACGGAGGCUUCGUCGUCGGCAGCGACUACUGCUACUGCUGAUGGAGCAGAGGGCGGACAGCAACCUGAUGCCGUCGGCACGAAGCUGGGAGCCAUCCUCGCGCUCAAGGCCUGCAAGGGCGGCAUGGCGCGAGCCAUCGUACGCGCACGCUCCGCCUCGAACAACAGGCAUGAUGGGAUGGACGAAGGCGUGGGAGAGGGUGAAGAGGCCAUGGCACCUUGGGGCUCCAAGUUGCGCUCACUUGGCGAGUGGCUGGAUAGUAGGCGAAAGGAAGGCAAGGUGGGCAAAAAGGAAGUCGACGAGGUGGUGGCUGCACUGAGGGUGAGUCCGUGCUGUUGGGGAAAGGAUGGCACCGGAUCUUCGUACUGACAUCUUGAACGUCCUGACGCGUAUUUCGACUCUAGGAAACCUUGCGCGACAUAUCGAGCUCAUCGGAGAAUCUUGGAGGAGCAGCUGCAGAUGGGCUGAGUGGGGACGCACUCCGGCAGACCUUUGGCUCCUUCUGGGCUGAUGCCCUCCGCAGAGAUCCCGAGGCCAAGAGGGGCUUGCGUAUUGGACUGGAGGAGUAGAAGCCAGUACCUGCUAGAGCGCGGCCAUUGUGCGGGGUAUUACGUAUUCAUGUCGUUCUGUCAUUGAUGUC